UUGUGUAUUACCCCCCACAAAAAUGAUAAAGAACUUCUAACACAUGAAUCAAUAAGUGGGACUGUACUAACAAUUUGGUUGCUAGGGAUUAGGCCUAGACUGAGUCUAUAAUAGUACAGACUAAAUCUACACCAAAAAUUUCAGUUCAGUGUUUGACUGGGCCAGAAACAAGGGAUCAGAAGUUAAUAAGAUAUGAUCAAGAUUUCGCAGCAAAGAUUUGAUUUAACUGCAUUUAUAGACUAGAAAGAAUUUGAUUUCCUUACAAAUUUUUUUUUUUUCCAAUGGAACUUUACAGUCCCUUUUGGCUACAAAUUUUGAUAUUUGGUUAGAAUUAUUUUAGAAAAAUGUCCUUGCCAUUUCUUGUUAUAUAUAUAUUUUUUCUGAUGGUCUGUCAAAUGUUCCACUUUACUCUUACAUUUAUUUAUUACAUUAUAUUUUGGCCGUCAUGUUAAGAUUGUGCAUAUGCCCGAGCUUCCUUUAUAUUCAUGUUUAAAAUCACAGCUGGUUGCAAAAUUUAAAUAAAAAUCCAAAAUAUGCAUUUAUUUUUUCAUUUAUUUAUUCAUGACCGGUGUGUUGGCUCAAAUGGUAGAGCGUCCGUCUCACAACCGGGAGGUCGGGGGUUCAAACCCCGGCCGCGUCAGACCAAAAGACGUUAAAAGAUGGGAGUUGCUGCUACCCUGUUUGGCGUUCAACAAUUAAAGGGAUAGAGCCUUGUCGAUCUGGCGCUUCGGAGUAUUUAAUUUCAUGUCUAUUUCGAACAAUAAAUUAUGGAUUAAAUCAUUUAUCAUUUAUUUGUUUUCUUUUAAUUUGAAAACUUGUGAAAAAUGUAUUAUUGAUAAUCAUUACGAUAUAUACUUUGUAUAAUCAUUGACUCUACUUUUACAUCUUUUCUCUCUUCAGGUUAGGUGUGCUGCAGCAACACUCCAGAUUGAACAAGUGGACGGAUACGACUCCUGCAGAGCUGAAGGCCUUUAUAGCUCUUCAAAUGGCGAUGGGCCUCGUGACGAAGCCUGCUACCGACCAGUACUGGGAGGAAAACUGGCUUCUCGGCACACCUGGAUUCUCUACAGUCAUGUGUCGUAAUAGGUUAGUAUCUAUCAUUAUCUGUGUUUUCCAUUUAUUCAUUUAUCUUGUGAUCAAGACAUUUGUGUUAACAAUCUAGAUUUUUUGUGUGAUUCAUUUCAUCAUUUAUGUUAUAAUUAAUCUGUAGGGUGGAUAUUGAUGGGAUGAGUGGGGUCUCAGCUGACUUGAAAAUGCAGAGAGGAAGGGGUGGGGGCAAAAAGAAAGUAAACUAAGUUUAUUCUAAUAAAGUCAGAGAGGGAGGGGAAGGAAUAUGAAUAGUAACAUUUUGCUGUUUCUGUCAAUUUAGGGGAAGCAUUAAAUUGGAAACAUUUUUCUCUUGUUUGGAAAACAUUUGUUGUUUCAGAUAUUUGCAUUUUACAUUCUAAUUUUUAAUUGAUGUAAAAACAAUAUAUUAAUUUUAGAGUAAAUAAAAUCAAUUUUGUAGAAACUAAAUUAUGUUAUAUUUUUAAAAUGUAUUUUCAGGUACCAACUGCUGAACUCCAUGCUGCACCUGGUCGACAAUGAGCUAAGGAUUCCCCGCGGUCAACCCGGUUAUGAUCCUCUGUUCAAGAUCCAGCCUGUUAUAGCCCUUGUUCGCCCAACAUACCAGCAGUCUUUUUCACCAGGUCGUGAACUCGCGGUCGACGAGAGCUUGGCACCGUUCAAGGGGAGACUCUCUUUUCGACAAUAUAUGCCUAUGAAGCCGAAGAAGUUCGGUGUAAAGUUCUGGGUUAUUACCGACUCAUCCAACGGUUUCUGUCUGGAUUGGAAUGUAUACACCGGCAAGGAGGAAGGGAGAGGAGGAGACGGUUUAAGCACCAAGGUCGUCAAAGACCUGACUCGGCCUUAUGCUGGGAGUGGACGCCAUGUAUACAUGGACAAUUUUUAUACAUCGCCACAGUUAUUCGAUGACCUGAAGGAAGUGAAUAUUGGUGCAUGUGGGACCCUCCGUCUCAACCAUAGGGGAAUACCGCCAAUGAUGAGGGAAGCAUCUGCCGCAGCCAGGAAAGGAGACCCACCGAAAUUCUUCCGGAGAGGUGACCUUCUGGGUGUCACAUGGCAUGAUACAAAGCGGGUCAGCGCUCUCUCAACGGUCCAUCCAUCUGGAUGUCAACAGAGGCAGGUGCGUGACAGGAGAUCAGCAGGAGGGAUUCGUCAAGUCACCAAGCCAACUGCAAUCUGCGGCUACAACUCAUCAAUGGGAGGAGUGGACUUACUUGACCAGCGUAUGUCAUACUAUCGCUAUCCUCACCGUCACAUCAACUGGUAUAUGGUGGUAUUUCAAUUUUUACUAGAAGUAGCACUCGUCAACGGAUAUCUCGCCUAUCGUCUGGCUACGGGCUCUUCUGUGUCAACAAGGAAGUUUCGGAUGGAGGUCAUCAACGGACUCGUCAAUGGCUUCCUGAAGAAGCCAGCAGGUCGCCCAAAGGUACUAAGAGAAUCGACACGUGACAACCGGGAUGCCCUGAGAUAUGAAGGCCAACACUUCGCGGGGAAGAGAUGCUCUGGUGGGAAGGGGAGAUACUACCCAGACUGCGUUGUUUGCUCUAAGAAGAACGGAAAUGGACGCAAGACAACUUCCUACUAUUGCAAGCGAUGCCAACUGCCCAUGUGCUUGGAACCGUGCUUCCAGAACUACCACUCUCCACGCGCUUGAACACUGAAUAGUUCACUGACUUGGCCCAUGUGAUGUCUUGGUUUUGUUACCUCUUUUAUCUAAAGGACUCUAUGCCAUGGCAGUAUCAUUAGUGCAAUCCUAAUAAUUGUGCAAUGUUGUUUCUUAUUGUUUUAUCAUGUAUCCAUUGUUUACUCUUA